GUCAUCACCGAUCGGCUCUCAGUGACGUGUUUACGCAUUACGCACUAUGUGGCAUGUGCAGUGUUUUACAACGCGUCUUGUCGACAGCAGCUGACUGUGGUGUACAUAGAUAAAAAUAAAUUAUUUGUGUACAGUAUUAUUCAUAUCUACACAUACCGAAAUCAAUACAAUUCGAUUGGCAUUUACUACACGAAUUUACGUAAACAUAUUAUUAAAAAUUCGAUCAUUGUUUGAACGAGAGUGGACUCAAAUUAUCGACACACUUAAAAUGUAACGACGAUUUAAACGAAUAUUGUAACGAUGUAAUUUAUUCUAUUUUAUCUAAAACACAUACUCUUCAAAAUAAUAACAGUGAUGAAUAAUAAAUAAUAUUAUUAUUAUUAUGUUCAUCGACGCCGCCGACGAACUCAAACGUUUUUUUUAACGCGAACGCGUUUAUGAUAACGAACGUUUCAAAGCCGUAUCGAUGACCGGCGAUUACUGCCACAGAUCGAGAGGAGCAUAGUGUACUACAACAUCAGCUCAACAACUACAACAUCGCCUUUAUCGGACGUAGUAUUAUAGUUCAGUCGAACCGCAGACACGCGCUCGAACGGUCUCGCACAUUUGCCACUGAUAUUAUAUAGGUAAUAUUUACACUUCGUACACCGACGCCAUAUUUUGUUCACACGACGAUGUCGUGCGCGCUUGGCUUGUAGUAAACGACGACGACAACAGCGACGGCAAUCACUGCACACCUGUUCCGUCGUCGUCUGCGCGCCUGCAGCAGACACACUCGCGCGCGGCUCACGAUGGCCGUGUCGUUCGUGCGCGGCAUGGCGUCCCGCGUGUCCGUGGAACCGGUGCUGAUGCUCUACUUCGUCGCCAUGGUGUUCUCCGGGUGCCUGAGCACCAACCUGUUGCUGUACAAGGCGUGCGACCCGACGGGCGAGAUGGCCGGCCGGGUGGGCUCCAAGUGCCGGGACGAGGCGACCGCGCAGCACGUGGUGGCGCCCAUCAACGGCUGGAAGGCGCUCGUCACGCAGCUGGUGCCCAUCGCCCUGGCCAUGGCCGCGGGCACGUGGAGCGACCGGCACGGCCGCCGCCGGCCGCUGAUCGUGCUGCCCAUCGUCGGCCAGAUACUUGCGGACGCGCUGUCGCUGUACUGCACCGUCGUGUGGUCCGUGUCGCCGGCGCUGACGGCCACCGCGCAGGCGGCCGCGCUGUCGCUGACCGGCGGCCCGCCGAUGCUGUUCAACGGCGUCAACUCGUACGUGGCCGACACGACCGCGGACGAGUGGCGGACGGUCAAGUACGGUAUGGUCGGCGGCACCAUCGCCGUGGGCGGCAUACUGGGAAUGCUCGUCUACGGGUUCGUGGUGGUCAACGUGGGCUUCGCGGCCGCGUACGGCGUGUCCAUCGGACUGGGGCUGGCCGCGCUCGCGCUCACGUUCGUGUUCAUCGACGACGACGGAGCUCGCCGGCGGGCCGAAGAGGCCGGCGACCAGCUGCCGCUGUACCAGGACAUCGUCCGGGCCGUCAACCCGUUGGACGUGCUCGGCAAGUGUUACCGCGUGUUGACCAAGCACCGUCCCGGCCACGGCAAGCUGCUCCUGUGCCUGGUCGUGUUCGUGUGUGCGCCGCUCACGUGCGUGCCGCUCGAGGGAGAAAUGUCAGUAUUGUAUCUAUAUUUGAGGUAUAAAUUUCAAUGGAAUGAAGUAGACUUCAGUGUUUUCAAUGCUUACCAGCUGUCCGUUGUAUUAAUGGGCACAUUGUUUGCAUUAGGUAUUUUAAGCUACAAGUUUCGAAUGAACGAUGCAUUAAUUGGUACCAUCGCUUCAGUAUUUGAUCUUUUAGCUGCAGUCGCUUUCUUUUUAGUUUCCCAAUCAUGGCAACUGUUUUUAGUACCGCCAUUAGAACUCUUCCGAGGUGCAGCUUUGGCAUUAACUAGUUCUAUAGCUUCAAAAUGCGUGGGAUCCGACGAAUUAGGAUCAAUGAAUGCCGUGAAAUUAUUAAUGGAAAGUACGAUGAAAAGUGGAUUUUUGCCAUUAUACAAUUUUAUAUACAACCAUACAUUUGAAUCUAUGCCCAGUGCAUUUUUUUUAAUCAGUAUUGUUCUAACAACUCCACUUAUAUUCGUUUUUUAUUCCAUACAUCACUUAAGUAAAAAUCUAAAAUCUACUGAUGAGAACAUCCACAAUGAAAAUAAAAAACAAGAUGCCGAAGUGGCGCCGAUCAACGACUGUAACGUAAUUAGUUAUCAUAUUUAAUGAGAUAAUACCUGCCUAAUAUAGUGGUCAAUGACAAUACGUUUGUAAGAUUUAUGAUGUAUAAAUGUAUAAUAAUAUAAUUUAAUCAUAAUGUUAUCUAAAGACUGCAGUUAUAACUUAUUGUCUAUGUAUACACUACAACUAUUAUACUAUUAAAUCAAUUUAUAACGCAUUUUAUAAUAAAAUCGAUGUAAUAAAGUCUAUAAGAUUAAAACCUGUACAUAAUAUAUAAAUAAUCAAAUCAAAAUAAAAUAGAGCGUUUGUAUUAAAAUAAAUUCAUUGAAACGGGUGUUACAUAA